GUCACGAUAGUUACGUUGUUCACAAAUAGGAUACGAAUGAUGAGUGAUGAUCUUUACCGUAUACUUUAGCUAAGCAUAGUGAGCACUGACUGGGGGGAGACACUGGUGAUUCGGCCUCCGCGUGGGCGUCUCGGAAAGUCCCUCCCCCGCAAUCGGAUAUCCCGAGGCCUGCGCCUACUUAACCAUCCACCGAGACCUGGCCAUGGAGACUACCGCGGAACUUCACAGCCUGCAAGCCAGACACCAUGCCUCCUCUCCCGCUGACUGUCCAGUACAAAGAAGCCAAUGGCAGUACCAUUACCACCGACAUCUACCUCCCUCCACCACCGGGAUCUACCCAUGACGCCGUCAAGAAUAAUCAACAUCCACGGCGGCGUGUUCAUGCUGGGCCACUCGCGCAUGGUCUCGAUGCCGCAGAUCGACGACUGUCUGGCCCGCAACUGGAUCGUGGUGGUCCCGAACCAUCGCCUCUGUCCGCAGGUGAAUAUCCUCGAGGGGCCGAUCACGGACUGUCGGGACCUGCUCGCCUGGAUCUACGAUGGCCACAUGGACGCCUUUCUCGCGAGUGAAUCCGUGCAAGAGGUCCAUGGCGCCCAAUACCAGGUUGAUAUGGACCGCGUCAUGGCAUUUGGGACAUCCUCGGGGGGCACUUUGGCGUUGUCUUUGGGCUAUGACGUCCCCCGUCCAGUCUCCGCCAUCCUCGACUUCUACGGUGCCGUGCACUUUACUCACCCCUUCUGGACCCAACCGCUCCCCGAUGUCGCGCGUACCCUUCCGCCCCUGGACCCCUCAUUCCUCAACCAAGUCUACGACGAGUUCCCCGUUCCGACGGAUAGUUCCAUCUCCCUGGAAGGCCAAACGGAAAGCGGCGCCGCCAAGGGACCGAAUUUCUCGCGGCCCCGGGAUGCCUUUGCCCUGACGCAGGUGGCCAACGGCACGGUGCUGCAGGCGUGCUAUCCGGGGCGGGACGUGAGGGAGAUUGACCCGGUGGUGCAAGUUAGGGAGGGGUUCCCGCCGACGUUCAUUGUGCAUGGGGAUCAGGAUACGAAGGUGCCGAUUGAGGUGAGUCGGGAGUUGUGGCGAGUGUUGCGGGAGAAAGGGGUGGAGUGUGAGAUGGUUGAGGUGCCUGGGGAGGAUCAUACGUUUGCAAUGGGGAUGAGGGCUGGGUCGCGGACGUGGGAACUGCAGCGACGCGGGUUUGAUUUUUUGGAGAGGGUUAUUGGGCGGGGAUGAGGAUGAAUGAGAAUGAGGUCGAUUCGGGGGUUGUCCGGUGCGUGUAGAUAAUCGGUGGAGUAAUCCGCAAGGCUGAACGGAUUCCUUGGAUAAUGCGAUCCACGGGGCCCGCGGGAUCCAGCGACGCGAGUCGAUGCCAAUCGUAAGCAAGCAUUUGCACCCCUAUAGAUAGAUAUCGUCAGGGGAGAUGAAUUACUCCGUCUGACCCGCCUG